CAGUUGGAAUGCUUCCAUGUCUCUUGUUUACUAACUCUAACUACAUCUUCUUCUGCUGAACCGUAGCAGACUCAUGAACAGCACAGCUAGUCAGUUCAGUAUAAAUCAGCCUAGGCUAUGGGUCGUCGCCUCUCAGGGGAACAGUGCAGCUCUGCAGCGCCAUUGAUUGGCUGCUUCCAACCACCGCCUGCAUGAAUGGCUGCCAAUUGGCUGCAAUUUCGCCCAUGGCAUGAAACGGGAAUCUGGCCAGACAGCAUGUACAAGCACAUGCACCCGUACGAGUAUAUACGAAGCAGGCAUUGCUCGUACGAGUAAUAUUCCAGAUCGGGGGGCCCUGUCAGCUGCCCAUGAAGAGGCCCGUCAAUCGCAAUCAUCUAGAAGCCCGCUGGAAAAAUCUCCUGGGCCUCUUCGCUUACUCUUGGCCAUUACCACUUUUACCCCAUACAAAUCCAAUAAAGCGCCUAAAGUGCCCAAGGUAGUGGUGACACAUACACAUGAGAGAGCGCGCUGCCUACGAAGUGAGCACCGGUCUAGACGAUUCAUCAUCAAGAAGCAGCUCAAGGCCAAAUACCAGCACCCAUCACGAGCCCAAUCCAUGUAUAGCAGGUAAUCAGCACCACUGCAUAAACGAAACGGCUCUCUCAAUGCCUCUCCCCCACCCGCUUGGGCACAAAUACGAACUGACGAAAUUGCGUGUAACAGAUGUUCCCCCCCAAGUUGCCAAGCUAGCUCCAACGGCAAUGAGAAUCCGAAAUCCCAGCUUCAUCGGGGGAAACUCAUUCCAUUACCAAUUCGCACAUCCUUCUUUCAGUCAUCUCGCUGCUGUUUUCCCCCCUUCGUAUUGUAUUGGGCGGGCAGUUCCGAAUCUGGCAUCAAUCAUCGCAUGACACCACCGAUAAUCCUCACAGCUGAAAAACUCUAUCACCAUGAUCCAAACACCUUUCAGCUGAACACAUGCAUACAACCCAUCCCAAUUGUAGCUUCGCCCAGGUCCAACUAUCCCCAAAUCUAAAUCUGACCUUAUGCACAACUACAUCAAUGGCCCAAAAAAAUUCACAACUGCAGCUCCCUUCCGCUCGCUACCCCUCACGGUGGCAAAGCCUCCUCCCGCGGCACCUGUUUUUU